AUAUAGACUUAAAUAAUCGCUGACAGCAUGCUAGUUAUCGAUAACAAACAUACUGCAUUAACUAAACAUACCCGCAUUCAGUUUCUAAUAACAUGACUGAUUCUGACUCUGAGUACGAAGAAACCGAAUAUUUAGUGUAUGCUGACUUUAAAAAUCAUCUAGCACCGCAUCAGCUAAAGCACGAGGAUGCUGCUAUUCGCAUAAUUGCCAUUGAAAGCGAUACACCUAUGGCCGAAAUCAAUGGCUGUAUAUAUAAAGGUUCCUAUGACAUGGCUAUGGGCACUAAUGUGUUCUUCGAAAAAGACACAAAGAGCGCAGUUGGCGAUCCACUUUAUGAACCAGUUUGCCAACAGCAAUAUAAAUAUCUAAAUAAAUCCGACAAGGUAAUCAGUUUUGAUCGGGUCUACAUUGAGAAUCUGCCACAAGAUAUUAAGGCGGAAGAGGAACAGCAACAGGAAUCAAUGCCACAUACUCUAAAGCUAAAUAUUACAUAUAAAGAAGCGAUUGACAAAUUUGUCGAGGAACAAUAAGCAAU